AGUCAGAAGCUGUGAGUGCGCAGAGAGAGAGAAAGAAAGUGAGAGAGCAAGAGGAGGAGAGGGAGGAAAAGAUACAGCACACGGGCGAACACUCAGGAGCAUCAUGGCACCAAUUGGAUUAAAGGCGGUCGUUGGCGAAAAGAUUAUGAAUGAUGUCAUCAAGAAGGUGAAGAAGAAGGGAGAAUGGAAGGCUUUGAUAGUGGACCAGCUCAGCAUGAGGAUGUUGUCGUCCUGCUGCAAAAUGACUGAUAUCAUGACAGAGGGCAUCACUAUUGUUGAAGACAUCAUGAAACGGAGAGAACCUCUUCCCUCACUGGAGGCCAUUUACCUGAUCACCCCAACUGACAAGUCUGUGCAGACUCUCAUCAAUGACUUCAAAGACCCCCAUUCAGCCAAGUAUAAAGGAGCUCAUGUGUUCUUCACUGACUCUUGCCCUGACCCCCUGUUUAAUGAAGUGGUGAAGAGCCGUGCCUCCAAAACCAUUAAAACCCUAAAUGAGAUCAACAUCGCCUUCCUGCCCUACGAGUCCCAGGUGUUUUCUUUGGACAACCCUGACGCCUUCCAGAGUUUCUACAGCCCUCAUAAGACACAGCUGAAGAACCCUGUGAUGGAACGGCUGGCAGAGCAGCUGGCAACUCUGUGUGCCACACUGAAGGAGUACCCGGCCGUCAGAUACAGAGGGGAGUAUAAAGAUAACGCCACUCUGGCUCAGUUGCUUCAGGACAAACUGGACGCCUACAAGGCAGAUGAUCCUACAAUGGGGGAGGGUCCAGAUAAGGCUCGCUCUCAGCUCAUUAUUCUGGACCGAGGAUUUGACCCCGUCUCUCCUGUCCUGCAUGAGCUCACCUUCCAGGCUAUGGCCUACGACCUUCUGCCCAUUGAGAAUGAUGUCUACAAGUAUGACACCAGUGGAAUAGGAGACUCUCGUGAGAAGGAGGUGCUCCUUCAUGAAGAUGAUGAUCUCUGGGUUGCCCUACGACACAAACAUAUCGCUGAGGUCUCUCAGGAGGUGACGCGCUCCCUAAAGGAGUUUUCUGCCAGCAAACGCAUGAACACUGGAGAGAAGACCACCAUGAGGGAUCUGUCUCAAAUGCUGAAGAAGAUGCCGCAGUAUCAGAAAGAGCUCAGCAAGUACUCAACUCAUCUGCAGCUGGCUGAGGAUUGCAUGAAGCACUACCAGGGAACUGUGGACAAACUAUGCCGUGUUGAGCAGGAUCUCGCAAUGGGAACAGAUGCUGAGGGUGAGAAGAUUAAAGACCCCAUGAGGGCCAUCGUGCCAAUCUUGCUGGAUGCCAAUGUCACCACCUAUGACAAGAUCCGCAUCAUCCUGCUCUACAUUUUCCUCAAGAACGGGAUCACGGAGGAAAACCUUAACAAGCUGAUCCAGCAUGCUCAGAUCCCUCCUGAGGACAGUGAGAUCAUCACCAAUAUGGCUCACCUGGGCGUCCCCAUCAUCACAGACUCGACUCUGCGCAGAGGCAAGAAGAUGGACCGUAAGGAGCGUGUGAGCGAACAGACCUACCAGCUCUCUCGCUGGACCCCGCUCAUCAAGGAUAUCAUGGAGGAUGCUAUCGACGACAAGCUGGACACCAAACAUUAUCCAUAUAUCUCAACACGCUCUUCCUCCUCCUUCAGCACUUCUGCAGUCAGUGCCCGAUAUGGCCACUGGCACAAGAAUAAAACCCCUGGAGAGUACCGCACAGGCCCUCGCAUCAUGGUCUUCAUCAUCGGUGGAGCAUCCUUUAGCGAGAUGCGUUGUGCCUAUGAGGUCACACAGGCCAAUGGCAAAUGGGAGGCCAUCGUUGGUUCUACUCACUCGCUCACUCCAACCAAAUUUCUAAUGGACCUGCGGCACCCCGACUUCCGAGAAUCUACUAGGGUGUCCUUUGAGGACCCUGACCCCUCAGACGAGUGAGAGAGAGAAAGAGGGAAGGGUGGGAGAGAGAAAUCACACUGACAAAGUUCGACCCAUGUCGGCGGUCCCACCCAGCUUCUGGACGCUCUUAAGGCCAUGAACAAACCCGACGAGGAAUAAACAAGCUAAAAAAAAUAAAAAUAAAUCACAACUUCCUCCCCAAAAACCCCCCAUCGCCCAGUAACCCUCUCCCCCUCCCUCCAUCCGUCACCCUGUAAAUCUCCCCCGCUCCUAUAUAAAUAGUGUAUGCAUCUUGCUUGAGAGAAAAAAAAUUAAAUAAAAAACAGAUGAUUGGUGACAAUUAAAAAGAAUAUUCUAUAAAUUUAUAUAUAUUUAAAUAUAUAUAUAUAAUGUUGAGAUAAAAUAACUGUUGCAAGUAUUCUUCUGUUUUACAAUGGAUGCAAAACCAUUAGACCGAGUUUUCAUUAUUUCAAUUGCCAUUUAAAAACCUUGAAAGUACCAAAUGUUAUAUGUUACGGAACCUGCUAGAAUGUGUAAAUGGUAGAAUUUUUGCAUUCGUUCCUUAUUUAACUCGGUGUGUUUUGUUUUACGUUUUCUUUGUUUGUUUUGGUUUAAAAGUGGUUGGGGGAGGGACUGGUUUGUAUGCAAAUAGACCAGUGAGGCAAAACGAUGCAUAUCACUUCCUACACUGAAGGCUAAACUGCCGCUUUGGGUUUAAUCGUUGUUUCAUUUUAGAUGUGCAUGCCAUGGACGCUACUAUGUGGCCCUUUUGACAUGUUUGAAAACGGUAACAAAAAAAAAUAUUAAGCUCUAGAAAAAGAAAAUCAAGCAUCUUUUUGGGACUCCAGUGAUGAAGAGGAAGGAAGGAGGCCAACAGAUCAAAAGCCUCAAGCUGAAUAAGUGAAAAAGACACUGUAAAUAAAUAUCCGACGUCACCCCUCCUUCAGUCGCGACUCCUGGAGCAUUUACUCUCCAUGUGCUUUUUCUUUUCACGUCUCCUUCCCAAGAGACCUCCUGAUUUAGUGUGAAGAAGGCCGUUGCUUGCUGAUUUUACGGAAUUUAAAAAAAAAGGGCCAGUUGUAUUUCAGUAUUGUAUCUCGUCCAAUUAAAGUCUUAUCAUUGGUUAGUAAACAAUGUUUAACCGGGACAUGCACUGAGUAGCGUGUUGAUGUAUAUGCCAUAUGUUACUGUUUUUUCGUCUCACUGUUGACUGGUGACAAUUUCUGACUGUGAAGUAGUAAAACUUUCCUUUGCCGAUGUGAAGCCACUGUGUUUGUGACGUAUUAGCUGUAGAUGUAGUGAUAAACUGGGAAAAAAAAUUAUAAUAGGUACUCUCUAUCUUUGGUUUGUCCGUCCGUUUCUUUUCUGGUGCAAUGUUAAAUCUUCCACUGGCGAAUGGCUUUGCAAUGAGACGCAAUCCCCCCUUUUUCAACAUUUUAUUUAUUUUUUGGGUUUGUGUUAUUCUGUUCUGGCAGAAAAGGUUGUAUAUUGCACUACGCGUUUUCUGUGAUGCAAACGCUUUAAUGGUUCUCUCUCUUUUUUAAUUGCUACCUUAAUUUUGGGUUUGCUGCCGUAUAGCCGUGUCAACUGGAUUGAUUUCUAUUACAUUGCUUUUUUCAGAGAAUAUCAAUAAAUAAGAGCGUAGUCUGUCCUAAACCUGUUGAUCUUACUGGGAUUCUAUGUUUGCGAGUGUUGAAGCACAAACUAAAGUAUACUUUAUGUGUACCAAUGUACUAAGGCUGUCUAAUAAAUUGGCUUCCAUUACAAAU